AUGUUUGGACUACCCAGAAGGUGGAUACGUCAACUUGGUUAUCUUGUUUUGAUAUUUUUUGCUGCGAUAGUAGUUCUUUUAGUGGCUAAUAGAAAUAAUGUUGGAUUAGAUGAUUAUUUACCAACUGGGUUUUUACCAUCAUUUUUUCAACCAGCAGCAGAUCUGUUCAUUGUUGACAUAGCUAUACAGAAUUGCUUUAAGAUGAAGUCGAAAAAUGAAAACUGCGGUUUGCCAAGCGCAUCUGAAGGGUUAAUGGGUAAUCUAUAUGGUUCAGGUCAAUGGGUCAAGAUUGAUAAAGAUUUAGCGCUAGGUUCUUCAUGGUAUCGAAAGGAAUAUUUCUCUUAUAAAAAAGCUAAGAAGGAAGCAUUGGAAGGUAAAGUUGCAGUGGAUGAUACUUCAAAAGAGAAAACGCAAAAGAGAGGGGAAGAUCAGAAGAAGAAUCAAGUAAUAGUUGAUAUUGCAAUUUCUAAUCCUUUGAUUGACGCUAAAGUACCGGACAAUGAUAAAUUAAGAAUCCCCAGGUAUAUCUUGAAGGAAUUUCAUUCGAUGAAAGUAUACGAUGAUGGCCAUCACGAGGAGCUAGUCGAGAAACAAAAGGCGAACAUGAAGGGAGAAACGUUGCAAGCCUUGACAGUAGAUAAGGAUAAUUCUGCAAGCAAUAAGAUCAAAAUAAAAUUGGAACAGGAUAUUCUGGCUGCUAAUAGCGCAAAUAAAAAGAACGAUAAGGAAAAUGAUUUGAUUAAGAUAGAGGAAGGCGGUGAAGCAGAUGAAAAGAGUAAAGAUGAAACAGAACUGAAAACACCAAAUAAGAAGAAACCAGAAGAGAACGAUACCCAGGACAAAGAGAAGAUCAAAGACGAUGCCAAGGCUGCAAAGAAUGAUAAUAAGGAGAAAGUGGUCGAUAAGAAAACUGAGCAAAAACCAAAAAAGGAUAUAAACGUCGACGUUAUUGAGGAUGAAGAUAAGAACAAGCGUGAGAUAUUAUAUGAGAGAGAUACCGAAACUAGCAGACAUAAUUUAGAAGUCAGCUAUCCUAUUCCAACUAAAGAAGAAUUAGUCGCUUCAGGAUGGAGCUAUAAGUCUAAUGGUAUAUGGUUGAAAUAUGGUAAUGCGGAUUCAAAUGCUGUAACAGGUAUCGAUAUAUUGUUUGGUGAGGAUGCCGUAGAUCCAAGACCAAAUUGGAGGUUAAUCAAAGAAGGUCCAUUGAGAGAAGUUUCGAGUCCAUCCGGUAAACCAGCUUAUAUCUCAAUACGGAAAGGACCUAGAGUUGACUAUAAGAAGAAUACAAAUCCUCUUAAAAUUAACAAAGACGGAAAAUUCAAAAUUCUUCAGGUUGCCGAUUUACAUUUCUCAACUGGCGUUGGCAAGUGUAGAGAUCCAUCGCCUGAUGAAACAAGGUCGGGUUGCAAGGCCGAUCCAAGGACUUUAAAAUUUUUAGAGAAUGUGCUCGACUUAGAAAAACCAGACUUCGUAGUAUUAACUGGUGACCAGAUCUUUGGCGAUGAAGCUAAAGAUUCAGAAACAGCAUUAUUUAAGGCAUUAAACCCUUUUAUUAAGAGAAAGAUACCCUUUGCAGUAACCAUGGGAAACCACGAUGAUGAAGGAUCUUUGUCUAGAACAGAAAUUAUGAGUUUGUCUGCAAAUUUACCAUAUUCAAUGUCUUCUUUAGGUGCAGACGAAGUAGCUGGUGUUGGAAAUUAUGCUUUGACAGUCGAAGGACCUUCGUCCCGUAACACAGCUAUGUCAUUAUUCUUUUUGGAUACCCAUAAGUAUUCCUUAAAUCCUAAGGUAACUCCCGGUUAUGACUGGGUGAAAGAAUCUCAAUUAAAAUGGUUGGAAAAAGAAGCUGCAAGCUUGCAAAAAUCGGUCGCAUCUUACUCUCACAUCCAUUUGUCGAUGGCUUUUUUCCAUAUUCCAUUGCCCGAAUAUAGAAAUCUUGACCAACCUAUGGUAGGUGAAAAGAAAGAAGGUAUAACUGCUCCAAGGUACAACUCUGGUGCUAGAUCUAUCUUAGGAAAAUUGGGUGUAUCAGUCGCCAGUGUUGGCCAUGAUCAUUGUAAUGAUUAUUGCUUACAGGAUACAGCUAACAACGAGGGCGAAAACAAGCUUUGGUUGUGUUAUGGUGGUGGAUCGGGUGAAGGUGGUUAUGGUGGCUAUGGCGGAUAUAUAAGGAGAAUGAGGGUGUUUGAUAUUGAUACUAAUGCUGGAGAGAUAAAAAGUUGGAAGCGAAAAGAAAGUGAGCCAGAUGUAGCCUUUGACCAUCAAACUUUGGUGUCAGGUGGUAAUGUCAUUAAUUCCAACUAA